AACAAGUUUAGGCUUCUCCUACUUCCUCCCAAACCUUCCAAACAACAUAAGCUAUGUCCUCAACAAAAACUCUCUUUCUCUCAAUCCUUCUUCUUCUCUCCUUCACAUUACCAAUUUUAGGCAAUCAGGAGAAUGAAAACAUAUCAGAAUGUGGUCCGGCAACCGGCGGCGGCGGUUGUUAUGAUAAAUCCAAGGCUCUUAGGCUAAAGAUCAUAGCCAUAGCUGCCAUAUUGGUUGCUAGCAUGGUAGGAGUUUCUCUUCCUUUGUUCACUCGUUCAGUCCCAAUCCUUCAACCAGAUCGUAAUCCCUUUGUCUUAGUUAAGGCUUUUGCAUCUGGUGUAAUUCUAGCAACUGGGUAUAUGCAUGUCUUGCCUGACUCAUUUGAUUGCUUAAGAUCACCUUGUUUACCUGAUCAUCCAUGGAAGAAGUUCCCUUUCACUACUUUUGUUGCUAUGUUAUCUGCUUUAGUUACAUUGAUGAUUGAUUCAUUUGCUAUGAGUUAUCACAAGAAAUAUAGUAUGGAACCCACUAUCCAAAAUGUUGAAGAUGAAGUUAAUAGAAUUAAUGGCAAUUCAGAUGAUCCUAGAAAGGCUUUGCAAGUCCAGUCUUAUGAGAAUGGUGGAAAGGGAGAUGAAGAAGCUGCUGCUUCACAAUUGUUGAGAUAUCGUGUUGUUGCUCAGGUUUUGGAAUUAGGCAUUGUUGUUCAUUCUGUAGUAAUUGGGCUUUCGUUAGGAGCAUCUAUGAAUCCUUGCACCAUUGGGCCACUUGUGGCUGCCCUUUGCUUCCAUCAACUCUUUGAAGGAAUGGGUCUUGGUGGAUGCAUAUUACAGGCAGAAUACAAUAACAAGAUUAAAUCAAUAAUGGUGUUCUUCUUCUCUGCAACAACUCCAUUUGGGAUAGUACUUGGGAUUGGAUUGUCAAAUGUGUAUAGUGAUAACAGUCCCACAGCUUUGAUCGUUGUUGGUAUAUUGAAUGCUUCAUCUGCCGGAUUAUUGAAUUAUAUGGCUUUGGUUGAUCUGUUGGCAUCUGAUUUUUUGGGUCCUAAGCUGCAAAGUAGUGUCAAGCUUCAAAUAUGGGCUUACAUUGCUGUUCUUUUGGGUGCUGGUGGAAUGUCUUUAAUGGCAAAAUGGGCAUGAAGAACCAGAGGUGGCUUUGUAGGGAUUUUUUUUUUUUUUGUCAGCAUUUGUGCUUAGAAUAGAAAGGAGAGAUUUAUAGGCUCUUUUUUUGGGCUAAUUGAGUUUUAUAGGCUCUUUUUUUGGGGGUGGUAAAUUACAGUAAAUGUCUAGAUUUUUAGCAUCUGUAUUGAGACUUGAGAAAUGAAGAGGCCAAUCUAAUUUUCCAUAAUUUUUCCC